UCCUGCCCUGGCGUUAUCGCUGCAGCCAGUGAUCUCUUCCCCCCACCUCCUCGACGCUCCAGCUUUCUCUUGUUUUGGUGCAAAGCUUUUCCCCCUGUGUGGCAGCCGGAGAGGGGGGUGGGGGUGGGGUGGAGAGUGCGCGACUACAUCUCCUCUCACUCCUUUUGCAAGGCACUCACUAGGCUGUAUCCAUUCUUUGGAGGACGGCACCAAUCCAGGUGCAAUUUCAUUUUGUUUUUGCAGGCAGCUUCUCUUAGCAUCUGUUUUGGCUUGAUUUUGCAACGCCGAACGCCGGGGCCGUUGCGAUUAAAAACAACAGCCUCCAAUUAAAAAGAAAACAAAUAUAUAUAUAUAUAUAUAUAAGCAACUCGCUUAUGCUACCACUUGCAACUGUGGCCGUUGCAACCCGAACCCCCUUCAUCUUCCCAUGGAGGAUGUAAUCGGCUAAAAAAUACCUGAAGGCGACGCACUGGGAUAAUAACAUGGAGGAAGAGGAGGAGCUGCAGCAUUGAAUUCCCUGGCUGUGCUAUCAAGAGGAAAGGAGAUGGUGAUUUUUUUAAAUGUGGCACCGGCGCAACUUCUGGAGUUGCGAGAGCUUUCAGCCCCCUCCCCUCAUCCCACCGCCUCACCUGCCUAGUGUCUGCCGCUUCUGUCAUUUAUUUUUUUGAUCCAUUCCCCCCCCCCCGUCUCUCUUCUCUGCACCCCCUACAACCCUUCCCCCCUUUUCUGCUUUGCCAUGGGAAUGGUGGCAAAUCUCUUGGCUAUUGUCAUGUCGGCUUCAUUUUUCAACCCCAGCUUUGCCUUCAGUUCGCACUUCGACCCCGACGGCACUCCCUUGAGUGAGCUCUCCUGGUCUUCCUCUCUGGUGGUUGUGGCUGUUUCCUUCUCUGGGCUGUUCACAUUCAUCUUCCUCAUGUUGGCCUGUCUGUGCUGCAAGAAGGGGGGCAUUGGCUUCAAGAGCUGGAGAAGCGAAUCCCGGGAGAAGAGGCUGAGGAUGGUUUUGAGGUGUCUGCCCUGCACGGGGGCCAGCACAGUGCCAAAAACAGCCUGUAAUGUAGAACUGGGGAACCCUGGGCAGCCCUCCCCCUGCCCCCUGACCAAGGAAUUUGAUAAUGCCGAGGGAGAAGAGUAUGCUAGUGAAUUCUCAGCCCAGGGCUCACCCGCUACCCAGAAUGGCCCAGAAGUUUACAUUCUGCCUCUCACCGAAGUCUCCUUGCCCAUGUCCAGGCAACCUGGGCGCUCAGUGCAGCUGCUCAAAUCCACUGACCUGGGACGCCAUAGCCUGCUAUACCUCAAGGAAAUUGGCCAUGGAUGGUUUGGCAAGGUGUUCCUCGGUGAGGUGAAUGCAGGGCUGAGCAGCACUCAGGUGGUAGUGAAGGAACUCAAAGCCAGUGCCAGUGUUCAAGAUCAGAUGCAGUUCCUGGAAGAGGCCCAGCCUUACAGGGCGCUCCAGCAUACCAAUCUCCUGCAGUGCCUGGCCCAGUGUGCAGAAGUGACGCCCUACCUGCUGGUGAUGGAGUUCUGCCCAUUGGGUGACCUGAAGGGCUACCUGCGGAGCUGCCAUGCGGCCGAGGCACUGGCACCAGACCCUCUCACCUUGCAACGUAUGGCCUGCGAGGUGUCCUGUGGCCUGCUGCAUCUUCACCGCAACAACUAUGUGCACAGUGACCUGGCGCUGCGGAACUGCUUACUCACGGCUGACCUGACAGUCAAAAUCGGCGACUACGGCCUCUCUCACUGCAAAUACAAAGAUGACUACUUUGUGACGGCUGACCAACUGUGGGUACCCCUGCGCUGGGUGGCGCCUGAACUCAUCGACGAGGUGCAUGGCAACCUGCUUAUUGUUGACCAGACCAAGACCAGCAAUAUCUGGUCCUUGGGCGUGACCAUCUGGGAGCUCUUUGAACUGGGCAGCCAGCCCUACUGCCACUACUCAGACCGGCAGGUGCUCACCUACGCCAUCAAAGAGCAGCAGCUUAAACUUCCUAAGCCGCAGCUCCCACUCUCACUGUCUGACCGCUGGUACGAGGUGAUGCAGUUCUGCUGGCUGCAGCCAGAGCAGCGCCCCACUGCCGAGGAGGUGCACCUCCUGCUCUCGUACCUGUGCGCCAAGGGAGCGCCGGAGGCUGAGGAGGAGUUUGAGCGGCGCUGGAACUCCAUGAAGCCUGGCGGCGGUGGUGGAAGAGGAGACGGCUCGGGCUCGGGCUCCAGCCACGUGGGCGUUGAGCUCUCGUCCUUCCCCCUGCUGGAGCAUUUCUCCAACGAUGGCGACGAUGUCCUGACCGUCAUGGAGACGAGCCACGGCCUGAACUUUGAGUACAAGUGGGACCAAGGGAAGACUGAGCACCUGCCAGCCUCGGCCAUGAGCCCUCGCGACGCCGCGCGUUAUCACGAGCUCUACUACGCUGCCAGCAGCAGCAGCAGUGGAAGAGGGGACGGCAGGCACCUCAGCCUGGGGGUCUCGCCCUCCUGCUACGAGUGCAAAGUGCAGGGCUGCCCCGGCCUGCACACACCAGGUGUGGUGCCCGUGCUGAGUGCCCACAGCCCCUCCCUGAACAGCGAGUACUACAUCCGUAUCGAGGAGGCGGUCUCCGAGGGCAGUGGGACGGACCUAGACUACACCAUGUGCUCCUACAGCCCGGAGUUUGGCCGCCCCUCCCACUGGCAAGCCAAGGAGGGCUGCUACGAGUCGAACAGCAGCCCCACCGUCUCUCUCACCAUGGAGCCCCUGCUGGGGCAUUCUGGCGCACAUGGGGACAGCGGUCACUGGGAGCCCCCUGACUACUACUCCUAUGGAGGGCAAGGGGACAAGGAGGCCUCGCCGUACUACGAGGCCUCCCUGAAAGACAGCCCCGAGGACUACCUGCUCGAGGAGCACGGGGCUUCUGAGUGGCCUGUGGCAGCUCCGCAGAAAAGCAUAUUUGCUGACCCGCUUGGUGCUUCGCCCUCGGUGGGCUACGCCUGCAAGGAGGAGGCUGCAGUGGCAGACUCGGUCACUCUGGAACUGGGAGAGGAGGAGGAAGAGGAGGAGGAGGAGGAGGAGAACUCGUGUGGCAGCCCAGGGAGCGAAGGGGAUGAGAACAAUGGGUCCCCUUCCUCCAGCAAGCACUGGACGUCCAACACCUCUGCCAAUAACAACAGCUGCCACCUGCUGCCGCCGUGUGAGCCACCUGCCAAAGACAGCUGGUGCUACCGCCACAUGAUCACUUUCCAGGGACUCAUGGCAGAGCCGCUGUGUACUGUACCCCGUGAUGGCCCCACGCUAGGCAUCGAGGACCUGCGAGCGGCCCUUCUUGGCGAGGAGCGGGUGGCAUCAUCUCACGCGGGCUCCCCCUGCCUGGACACCAACUUGCCUUCAGAGGAACGAGCCUCAGCCGAGGUUACCAGCAUAGAGAUCGGCGCAGGUGAUGCCACAAAUCCCUUGACCGAGGUGGAGUACCUCCUGGCUGCCACCACUCCACCACCACCGGGGGACACGGAUUUAGUGGUGUCAGCACUGGAACCCGCCAACAACACGGACACAGGGGGUGCCACCGUGCCAGAGGAGGAGGCACCGGGAACUGGAGAAGACCCCAUCGUGGUGGAAGAGACCUCGGCCGAAUGCUCGCCCAAAGUGCCGCGAGAGAUCAACGUGGACAGUGGCAAGAACACCACGACCAGUGAGCAAGACAGGACGCCAGACAAGACUGUUUCAAGCGCCAGCUUCCCUGACUUGGAUGAGGCCAGUGAUGAGGACACGGCUGAGCUCACGUCCGGGGUCUUCACUGACUUCCCAGUUGAUUGUACCGAGCGGCAGGACGUCAUAGUCACCCUCAAGUCCUUGCAGAAGCAGGUGGAAACCCCUGACUCCCUGGAGUCACUGGACAUCCCCUCCACCACCAGCUCCUGCGAAGCAUUCAGCCCCACAGCCUACGUGCCCUCAAGCCAGCCCAAAGCCUUAGACAGCGGCUACGACACAGAGAACUACGAGUCACCUGAAUUUGUCCUGAAGGAGCCUCAUGAGCCACGGGAGCCCGAGGCCUUCACCCAGCUGAAAAGGCACCGACGGCCCCGAGGGCCCAGCCAAGAGCUGAGCCUCUCCAACUCCUUCAGCGCUGAGCUGCAGGGCUUAGACGAGAAGAACCCUUACCGUGACUCGGCCUACUUCUCCGACUACGAUACCGAAGGGGGGACUCGGGAGGAUGGGGAAGGGGACAGUGAUGGUUGAGGGCAUGAGCCAAAGCUCCCCCAGGCAGACGUUGGAGAGUUGGGGAAGGACCCCGACCAAAAUAGCGCAGGCGAGUCUCGGCCUACUUUCCUCGAGCCCACUUGCCCACAGGUAGAUGGCAUGGGGUGUACCUUUCCUCCAGCGACUAGCAACCAGGGGACGGGGACAAGCUUGUCACAGGAGCUGGUAGUGAAUGGAGUCACUGUUGCUGAGCUGGACUCAUCCAGAGGCAAUGGGGCUGUUGCCGUGCCCAUGCUGCCCCCUGCCACCAGGUCCUUUUUCUUGUCGCCUGUGGUUGUGAGUCCAGAUGUGCCGAAUGGGGCUUGCGAGGGAGAUGCGGGGACGGGGAGCAAUGCAGUGGCAGAGGAACCCGGGGAAGGGCAGGAACGAUGCUGCCAGGGCGAGCAGCCCCAGAGCAGCCCUGGGCUCUCGCUGGACCUUUCAGCGGCACCCUCUCGGCACUUGUCCGUCCCCGCUGAGCUUGAGGAAGAGGACGACGACACGGAGGACAGCGAUGAGUCGGACGAGGAGCUGCGGUGCUACAGCAUCCAGGACCAGAGCGAGGAGAGUGAGGAGGAGCUGCCUGCUGUGCCCAUUGUGGUGGCCGAGAGCCACAGUGCCCGCAACCUGCGCAGCCUGCUCAAGAUGCCCAGCCUGCUGGUGGAGACCUUCUGUGAUGACCUCGAACGCAAGAAGAAAGCGGUCUCCUUCAUCGAAGAUGUCACUGUCUACCUCUUUGACCAGGAAGCCCCACGAAGGAACUGGCAGAGCAUCCUUUCCCGGAGUAACAGAACCUCCUGUGGCACCACCUGUGCAUAAGGACAGCAACGGUUCCCCAAGCCCAGCAGAGAGAACAGAUGCACCCAGCAGUUCCUCGGAAGGGAGCACCUCUGGAGAGAGUAAGGGUGGUGGUUUUGAGUGGGAAGAUGACUUCCCCCUCAUGCCAGUGAAAGCAUCCGUCAUGCCAUCGUUGACGUUGGCGACACCUGAGCCUGCCCUCCCCGGACUGCCACCCACACUAGUGCCAGCUCAGAAGCAGGUGCUGCCCAUCCAGUUUUCACGCUUCACAGUCUCACCUGCCCCCGUGUCGAGGUUUCUCCAUCACACACGUCACUGACUCGGACACCGGGUCUGUAGGAGGAAGCAGUGAAAACAGAGGCGACAGAGAAUGAGCUUAGCCAUGGGCCUCAAUUUUGGACUUGUCACCUUGCCCCCUACAGCAUUGUUUCUGCAUCGGGGCUAAGGAGUAAGGAUGGAGGCCC